CGGGCGGCGAGGAUGGCCGACGAUCGGAAGGCGUGGAGUGCGUCCAUGCUCACCUUUCGCGGGUACACGAGGCUCAUGAAAAUGCUCGGAGACGACGAGCACAAGCAUCUUGACAACGAGAGACUCGCGAAGCUCGAGUACGUGAGCGUGCGCCACUCGGGCCUCAACUGCGCCAACCCGACCGUGAUCGCCAUGCCCGCGAUCUGCUUGCCGUUCGACAGGCUUGGCGGCGCCAUCGCGCUCCGCGACUACAACGACGUGCAGGCCAUCAUCGGGCGAUGUCGUUGCGGCUACGUGUGCCAGGCCUACUACUUUCCGCGCGACAAGUACGGCAAUAGCAGGACGGCCAUUGCGCUCAAGGUCAUGGACAAGGAUCUCAUCGCGAUCGAGCGCGACGACACGGACAAUGAAGUCCGCAUCAUGGCCCAGCUGCAACCCCAUGGGAUGCAAACGCCACUCGCGAGCAAGCACGUCCUUCGCUGGGACCGCGCCAGGUGCGAGAAGAACGAUUACAUUGCGACCGAGUACGUCGCGAACGGGUCGCUCUCGUCUUUUAUGCGCCGCGCGUACGAAUCGCUGCUCAAGAAGUACGCGCAGAGUACGCUGUUGCCACUCGACGUGCGCCGCAGCGUCGCCCACGAGUUCUUAGCGACCGUCGCGCUCCCGCUCUAUGGCAGCAUCCUCCAAGGGCUCGUGUACUUGCACACGCAAGGCGUCUGCCACCUCGACAUUGAUCCGUACAACAUUGCGGUCGGGCGCGAGCAUGGACCCGAGCCGGCGUCGCCGUACCGGUACUUUGCCACGUACAUUGACUUUGGCUCGAGCCAAAUCCUCGACGGGCGACUGCUCGUCGGCGCAGGUCGCGAGAACCCAGCGAUCAAGGCCAAGAUCACGUACCGGUCGCCCGAGCUCAAAACGAACGCACAAGAACGGACGAGCUACAUCAACUUUGUCAAGAAGAACCGCGGCGCCAUGAGCCUCCAGGCGGAGCGCGAGAAGAUGCCGAAAGGCUUUGACGGCCGUGCGUCCGACCUCUACUCGGUCGGCGUCGUCGGCAUUGAGCUCCUCUUGUACGGCUACCAGCUGCCGGGCUUUCUCGGGUCCGCCUUUGUCUCGACGAGCAGCAACCCCAAGUGGCGUGACUUCUUCAUCGAUCACUUUGACAAGAGCGUGGUGUGUCCGACCCCGUGUCUCUUUUGCGACCACCACAUUACACUGCCCGAGUCAGCGGUGCAGAUCCUUCUGCGCCUCGUCGGCACCGACGUCAAGGCGCGCGGCUUCGCCGACCAAAUCGCACUGGCAUGGCUGGCCGCGCACGGCGACAAGACCGACACGACAGCGCCGUACUACGGCGUGGCCACGGCCAUGGACGACGUCGAUAUGGCAUCGCAUUCGGCGUCGUCGGCCUAAGCUUAUAUAUACUCUAGACUUGUCCAAGUCCGACAGAUGAUU